AGUUCAGCUGAGUGAUGGACUCUCGAUCAGUUCUUGAGGAACUCCUGGCUUUGUGCCUUCAGAGGAUCAACAUUGAUGAAGAUGCUUUGAACACCGAGAAAGGAUUCAUUGAAGUGGUCAAAAACUUUGAAGCCAGUAGGAAGAAAUGGCUGCAUGCAGAGCUGGAACUGAAGAAAUACAAGGAGCUGCUGGUGAAGUCAGACAUUGCCAAAGCUGCUCUGGAAGUCAAACUGAAACACGCCCGUAACCAACUGGAUGUGGAAAUGAAGAAACGCUUGAAGAUUGAAGCAGACUAUCAGUACUUGCAGCGGCAGAUGCAGCUUAUGUGCGACAUUCUGAUCCAUGACAGCAAGUCCAGUGGCUGCCUGAACGAUGAGCAAAAGUCUCUUUUGGCUACUUUUGAGUACAAAGGAGGAAACGUUACUCUGCACAAGAGUAGCAAACGAUUGUCAGUCAUUGAUGAAUCCUCAUUUCUGUCACACUCGGAUAUCAGCUAUGACAGGACAGAAGAUGAUGUGGAUAUGGAUUCAGCUGUGAUAAAGCCCCUGAGAUCUCGAGCCCGAGAAAGACGGCGUUCAUCUAUGGGCCUGGCUGUUGGAACUGCAGCUAGCAAGAAGGAGAAAGUUGAAACUAUGUCCACUGAGCCAAUGGACAAAAAAGCUGUGGAACAGGAGGUUCAGAUGGUGGUAAAGCUGAUGACACCUGAGAUGAUCAGCCAGGAGCCCCAACAACAUCAAAACACCGUUACACCAGAGUUCUCUUCUGGUUCAACGGGGAGACGAGAUCAAAUGCCUGUGUGGCCAUCUGGUGGAAAUACUGUGGUGCAACCUAAAGCAAACAUGGAGGUCACCUCUACAAGACCCGAAAAACCACCAAAGCACAUUUUCAUUUCCAAAACGGUGAUCCGGCCAGAGACCUGCUCCCAGUGUGGGAAGAGGAUCCGCUUUGGGAAAGUUGUCAUGAAAUGCAGAAACUGCCGUGUUGUUGUUCAUCCAGAGUGCCAGAACAAAUGUGCGAAUGGCUGCUCUGGUGUGACACAAGGAAUGAGAGCUCCACCGGACUCACUGGAGGCUUUUGCACCUCUGAAUGAUCCUAGAAUUCCACAUCUUAUUGUGGAAUGUGUCAAAGAAAUUGAGAAGCGAGGACUGGAGGAGAGAGGAUUAUACAGAGUCCCUGGAAAUGAACGCCUGGUGAAGCUGCUCAAAGAUCGCUAUUUUCAGAGAAAACUACCACUGAUGCUCAAUAAGGUGGAUGACAUCCAUGUGGUGUGUGGCUUCCUCAAGGACUUUUUAAGGAGUCUGAAUGAGCCUCUCAUCACUUUCAAGUUGCACAGAAAUUUCAUGGAAGCCUCAGACAACAGUGCUGCUGUGAUGUACCAGGUUGUAGGUGAGCUGCCAAAGGCAAACAGAACCACUCUGGCUUUCCUUAUGCUUCACCUCCAGAGAGUUAUGAGGAGCCCAAAAUGUCAAAUGGACCAAAAUAAUUUGGCCCGGGUGUUUGGACCAACCAUAGUAGGACAUGGAACAUCUGAACCAUGUACGAUGACCAUCAUAAAGGAUGUCAACACUCAGCCAAAGGACCCCAUCAGCUGGAAAACCCAACGGAACACCCACGUUUCCCUGGCUGUGGUCGAUCGAUGGCUCCUUUCAGUAGACAGGGAUGAACAAGUAGUUGGUGGUUGCCAGUUAGAAUGCAGGGCCGUAUGGAGUUCAUCUCCGACCACUAUCUUUGUUCUUGCUCUUUGUUUCUCUUUCGGGAUCAGUCCACGUUUUUUCUUCUCGCUGUCUCGUCUGAUGUGGCGCUCUGCUCGAGGAGGGGACAAACCGGACCAGGCAGCAUCUUUGGGAUAUAAGGAGAAACUGCAAGCCUUCAACUACAGAAGAGCGGGGGAAGAGGACCAAAGCGUCUACCUCAACGACGGUCUCUCAGGCGGGGUCAGGGAGGAGCAGCACGUGGGCCACAAUAAAGCGAUUCUUAAGACCCUGAACACUUUAUCGCACUCUGGCGUCCAGGAAAACGACCAGAGGGAUGAUGUGUCAUCAUGA